AUGAGCCAGGAAUAUCACGGAAAAGGGAAGGCAGCGGGUGACGGAGAAGCAAGCUCGAGCAGGCGUCCAGCAUCCGGUCGUCCUCAAUAUGUCACUGUCGGAUCCGGAUCAACUUCAGAAAGCGCCGCUCGACUGCAAGCCCUGCUCGACAACGACUCUGGGUAUGGAGGGAGCGUGGCUGGCGAUGCUCUGAACGGUGUUCCGGUGUGGAAUCCAGCCCUGACUGAAGAUAGACCUACGCCAUCACAUUCGCCAAUGCCCAGGGGUUCUGGAGAGGCAGCGGACAACGACAGAAGGGUUCAGGCCAACGCCAUACAUCAAUUAUGGUACAAUCAGCAUAGAGUGGCUCUAGGAAGGUCGAUUAACCGGGUUGUGGAGACAUUGAAGGGGUUACAGGAGAUGAACGCGACAUGGCCAGCAACAUAUCCCUCAGUUCAACGAGCGGAGGCGGCACAAUCUUCAAGACCGGGGAUCAUACAUACGAAUACUACGCAUCCGACAUUGUCGUCAGAAAGUGAACCUCGUCCUGGACUGAUGCGGCGAGCACAAACUUCGAUUGGGGAGCAUCAGACCGAGACCGAAUCGAGCAAGGCAGCAGAGCAGAAACCGAAGGAAGAACCACGAUUGAUGACGCCUCAGAUUGCACAGGAAUUCUCGAUAUUAAAAUUGGAUUUGAAGCUGGGUGCAUUACAUCAGACAGAGUUAGUACAUUCGCUGGAGAAGGGUUCGAUAGCUUCGUUACUGGAUGGGAAAAUAAGCAGCAGCAUCAAACAUCUGCUGUCUCUCCGGGAACGAAUAGAGGAUACCUCGAGUAAGGUGUUGGUCACUGGAGACUUGAAUGCCGGAAAGUCGACAUUCUGCAACGCUCUGCUACGGAGAAAGAUCUUACCAGAGGACCAACAACCAUGUACAAGUAUUUUCUGCGAGGUGUUAGAUGCUAGAGAGAAUGGAGGUGUCGAGGAGGUUCACGCGAUUCAUAAGGAUGUUAUAUACAACCGACACGACGAGAGCACGUACGAUGUUUUCACCCUGGCGGAUCUGGAGAAGCUGGUCACAACCAACGAGAAAUACACUCAAUGCAAAGUCUACGUAAAGGAUGUACGGUCUAUCGACGAGUCUUUGCUAAAUAAUGGAGUUGUGGAUAUCUCGAUUAUCGAUGCACCCGGUUUGAAUUCAGAUACAACGAAAACCACUGCUGUGUUUGCUCGACAGGAGGAGAUUGAUGUGGUCGUAUUUGUGGUCUCAGCUGCAAAUCACUUCACUCUGACUGCAAGGGAGUUUAUUUGGGCAGCCGCAGCAGAGAAGGCUUAUAUUUUCAUCGUGGUCAAUGGAUACGACAACAUCAGAGACAAGGAAAGAUGUCAGAAAAUGAUCUUGGAGCAAGUACAAGGCCUCAGCCCACGGACAUUCAAGGAAUCAUCAGAGUUGGUUCACUUCGUAUCAAGUAACGCCAUUCCAACAGGCCCAUCACCACCUGGCGGAAAUGGUGGACGUGGAAGUGGGAGCUCAAGUGGAGGUGGCGGGGAUGGACCUGAUGACGAUUCGGAUCCAAAGGGAAAGGGAAAGGAGAAAGAGAAAAUCCGAGACUUCGAAAAUCUCGAGCAGUCAUUACGGCGGUUUGUACUAGAAAAACGUGCUCGUUCGAAACUUGCACCAGCAAAGACAUACCUGCUCAAUGUACUGGGCGAUGUCAACACUCUGGCCACGGUGAACCAAGAUGUCGCUCAAUCAGAGCUCGACCGAGUCACGAAAGAGCUGAACGACCUGGAGCCUCUGAUAGAGGCGUCCCAGAAAGCUAGAGCAGAAGUCAGCGAUGACAUCGACCGAACCAUCGAGACCACUUGCAAGGACAUCUACGAUCACACCCGCUCAACCCUCAACCACUCAAUAGCCCAAGCAGCAGACGAGGACCUUGGCGUCCCCUAUCCCGGUCUUCUCAAUGCCUUCCAGUAUGCAGAAGAUAUCAAAGAAGCCAUACUCUCCCAAAUCUCCGCCUCGGUCACAGCAUGUGAAGAGCAUGCCCGCCGCAAGACCGUUGAAGGCGUGUCCUCCAUCAAGCAACUUGGCCUCCUGCACUUGGGAGACGAAUACACCGACCUCAGUUUCCGGCCCAAUGUCAUGUUCAGACGAAAGCGCGACGUUCUGGCGCGGCAAAUCGAAGUCGAGACCGAGCUCUGGGAUUUCUUCGAUUGGUCUACUAUCAUGCAGCGCCAAGAGAAGCUGGCCGGAACAGGCAUGGCUCUUACUGUUGCAACAGCAGUAGGUGGCCGAGUGGUCGGUGGCUUCGGAUGGGUUGAUGGCGCGCUGGGUGCUAUGAAGGUGGUUGGCAAUAACAACAUCCGCAAGCUGAUCAUACCUGGCGUUAUCGUAACUGCGGUCGCAGCAACCUACUACCUCCUCCUCCAAAUCCCACACUCCCUGCCUCACCGCCUCACAACCAAAAUCUCCACCCAACUUGCAGCAAUCGACUACGUGCACUCCAACAGCGACCGCAUCUCCUCGUCCGUACGCAAAGUUCUCCGUUUCCCAGCCGACAAUCUACGUGUCGGGCUCCAGCGCAGUGUCGAGCAAUUAGGCAACAAGCGAGAGGAAACCAGGAAAGUAAGAAUGGAGAGCGAGGUCGCGAGGAAGUACUUCGGCAACCUGGUCAAUGAGACGGUUAGGAUUAGGAACACGGUUGAAGGUGUCGAUCUUGAGGGCCCGGCGCCGGGAGUUGCGGGGGGCUAUGAUUACUAG